AUGGGCUGCUGUUUGUCCCACGAGGAAGACCGUUUUGACGGCAGUACUGAAGCGUUGCUGCCUAAGGGAAGGAAUGGUGUGAAACGAGUAGAAAAAGCGCUCAAUGGUGACGCCAGUCAUAAAGAUGUUGCUAAUGGUACCCACAAAUCACCUUCGGCUGUUGUUGCUGCUACUGAUAACGUUCCAGCCAAGCCACAACCUUGUAAAAAACCAGAGAAGUGCGAGCUUGAUGACACGCCGCCGUCGCCCCUUGCUACACCAGUGAUUAAUGCAUCGUCGCCCACGAAAUCAGCGCCUUCACAACAACCGGUAAGUGUAUCAUGUUCAAGUUCAUCGCCUACUUCGGAUCUAGCAACAGUAUUGCCGCCCAAGCCAGCGGAUGAAGAUCCAAUCUCACCCAAGCCAGUGGAUGAAGAGCCUUCGCCACCACCGGUACCAACACAGUCAUUAAUGCCAUCGAAAAAAGCGUCUUCAAAGACUUCACAACUUACUCCUACGGAAACAGAAGAUAAUAUCGUGGUGCCAGCAUUUACGCCUAUGUGUGUCGAAGCUAUGGACACUCACAAUGACGAUGACAAUAAUGAUGAUCAAGAGAACGAAAGAGAUGAAAACAGAGGUGAAAAUGAUGACGCGACGGGUCAAUCGAAGGAGUCGAAGCCGAAGAAGAUCACGCCUACGAAAAAAUCGAAAAAGAAACGAAAAAAAGGAAAGAGAUAA